AUGGCAGCAGAUGGCCAAUCUACUCCGACCACUGAGGUGGAUGAGUCCGCCGUCAGGAACCUCCAGAAUUACCUGAGGAUUAGGAGCGUUCAUCCUAAUAUUGAUUAUGGAGAAUGCAUUACAUAUCUCCGAGAACAAGCAACUCAGCUAGGUCUUCCUGUGCAAGUAUUUGAGGUGGUUCCUCAAAAACCAAUUCUUGUAAUGACCUGGGAGGGCCAAGAGCCAUCGUUGCCGAGUAUUCUCCUUAAUUCUCAUAUGGACGUUGUUCCUGUGUUUGAAAAAAGUUGGACAUACCCACCCUUUGAAGCACGUAUCAUUGAUGGUGUUAUAUAUGGGCGCGGUGCACAAGAUAUGAAAUCGGUAGCCGUACAGUACUUAGAAGCGGUACGAAGACUGAAAAACAAGGGAGUAAUACUGAAACGUACCUUGCAUUUGUCCUUUGUACCAGAGGAGGAACUCGGAGGAGCUGAAGGCAUGGCGAAAUUCGUGAAUUCAGAGCAUUACAAGAAAUUAAAUGUCGGUUUCGCGCUUGAUGAGGGCUUGGCAAGUCCAUCUGAUGAAUACGUCGUUUAUAAUGGAGAGAGGAGCAUUUGGCACAUGAAAGUGACCUGCCCAGGAAAAUCUGGACACGGUUCCUUAUUACUUCCAGACAAUUGUGGAGAGAAGAUAAGGUACAUCAUUGAUAAAUUUAUGGACCUGCGCCAUGAAUCGAAGAAGAAACUGGAAGAAAAUCCUGAUUUGACCAUCGGUGACGUCACUACUAUUAACCUAACUAUGAUCGAGGGUGGCAUUCAAGAUAACGUAAUUCCUGAAAAAUUUACCGCAACAUUUGAUCUGCGCCUGGCACUUUCUGUUAAUUUCGUAGAAUUUGAAAACAUGAUAAAAAGUUGGUGUAAGGAAGCCGGUGCUAAUGUAAAAUACGAAUUUAAUCAAAAGGAUGAUUAUGUUGCUCCAACUCCUGUUGAUGCCGAUAAUCAGUUUUGGGUAGCAUUAAAAAUGGCGAUUGAAAAACUUGGCAUCCAAUUACUAGUUCGGACGUUUCCCGGUGGCACUGACUCUCGAUUUAUUCGCAAGACAGGAACACCAGCUUUAGGAUUUUCACCUAUUCGCCGCACACCACCUGGAUUGCAUGAACAUGAUGAGUGUCUAAAACUAUCAGUCUUUCUAGAAGAAGAAGACAUCAAGAAUGCCGAUUUUGUAAUAAGUCACGCCGGUGCUGGCAGUUGUUUAGAAGUUUUAGACGCUGGAAAACCUUUGUUGGUAGUUGUCAACGAGGAUCUAAUGGAUAAUCAUCAAUUAGAAUUAGCAGAACAACUGCAGAUUGAUGGGCAUUUGUUUUACUGCACCUGUGAUACAAUCCAAUGUACUUUAGAACAAGUGGACUUCAGAAUGUUAACACCAUUAAGUAAAGCGAACCCAAUGCUUUUCUUUAAAGCACUUAAUAAUUUGUUUGGAAUAAAAUAA